AAUUUAGGCUUCAGCAAUUGACUUUGGCAAUGGUGCCAAAGAACUCAUUCAUUUUUCUUCUUUUGAAAUCCACCAACAAAAGCAACAAGCACUGGAAUCAUCAGGAGGGGAAGAAUAAGAGGAAGAAGAAGAAAGAUCAACAAUGGUGUUCAACAGCUUGAUAAUAGCGUCAGUUGCUCACAUAUCAGCCGACGCAUGGCAGCAAAUUGCACGCAUUCAACUCCAAGACCGUCUGAGCAGCCACCAGCUUCUUGAUCUCAUCUGCUGCUUUCCUCUCCAGCAAUUGGGUAGUUUUGCUCUUUGGCUCUGGACUUUUCUCUGCCUUCCUCCUCCUGAUUCCUUUUACCCUUACUCUUAUUACUCCUCUUCAUCAGAAGAUGAUGAUCAACCUUAUCUUCCUCACGCUUUUGCCUCUUCUUCCUCCUCUUCGGCCUCCAUCGAUUUUGGUGAAUACUACCAUGACUCUAACUCUGAUUGAUUGACAGCUGACGACUCUUCGUUCUCCAAUUUCAGUCCUUUGUGUACAGUACUUGCUGAUGAAGUUAGACUUUCGCCAUAUGUAUUCUAUUGUAGAAUUUGACUAAAAAGGGGACUGGGAGAUGGCUUCUACACAUGCUGAGACUUGAUGCUGGAUCAUGGAAAAAUAUUUCUUUUCCAAGUAAGACAAUUUGAAGGAUCUAGGUUAUGUUUGGGCUUGCCUUCCAUUCUAUGUACACCCAUGGCUGCACUUGGUGUUGAAACUUUAUAGUUAAUUUCUGACUUUUAGAGAUUCCAUUAUGAUAUCUAUGUAUACUCAUGGCUGCUAUAAGUGUUGAAUCUUUAUAGUUAAUUUUCAAUUUUUAGAGGUUCCAUUUUCCUGCUGUUUGAUAUCUAUGUGUAAAAUUAAAUGCACAGUAAAGCGUUAGCUUUGUGUAUAAAAAUUUUGGACUUAUUGUUUCACAUUUUUUGCUUAAA